UUCACAGACCGUGCGAAUCUUGAAUAUGGUUGUCCGCACCAGCGAUCGUCUUCAGAAGGCAAGACACUUCCUUAAAGCCAAUAACGUUCAAGCAUUCUUCGUCCCCUCUGAGGAUGCUCAUCAGAGCGAGUACAUUGCAGAUUGCGACAAGCGUCGUCACUGGAUCUCUGGAUUCACUGGAUCCGCAGGUUGUGCUGUAGUUUCUGAAAAGGAGGCAGCUUUGUUCACCGAUGGUCGCUAUUUCUUGCAAGCAUCGCAACAAUUGGAUGAAAACUGGACGCUUAUGAAGCAAGGUUUACCUAAGGUGCCUACGUGGCAAGAAUAUCUCGUAAAAAAUCUACCGGCUAAAUCACGAAUUGGAGUCGACCCCACAUUGAUUACCGCCAGCGACGCUUCUUCCUUGGAAUAUGAACUGCAAUCUGUGGGCUCUGUCCUUGUUCCGCUUGAAAAGAACAUUGUCGAUCUUGCUUGGGGUGCAGAGAGACCUGCUCCCCCCACGGACCCCGUCAUUGUUCAGCCUAUUGAAUAUGCAGGUGUUAGCCAUACUGAUAAGCUAGCAUCACUUCGCAAGGAUCUCGAAGCGAAGAAGAUUUAUGGUACUGUCAUCUCAGCCUUGGACGAAGUUGCAUGGCUUUUCAAUCUUAGAGGUUCCGACGUUGAAUGCAAUCCUGUGUUCUUCUCAUACGCUAUUGUCACUCUUGAUCAAACUACUCUGUACGUCGAUCAUGCUAAGCUUGGCAAUGACGUCUUAAAACAUUUGGGUGACCAGGUCUCCAUCAAGCCAUAUAACGAUUUCUUCCUUGAUCUUAAGAACAUGGCUGCAACAUUGAACAGCGAGAACAAAAAGCUUCUCAUCAACUCAAAGACAAGUUUGGCUGUAGAGGUUGCUAUCCAAAAGCAAAAUACCUUGAUGGACAGAUCUUUGGUUAAUGAUGCUAAGGCUAUCAAAAAUUCCACCGAAUUGGAAGGUAUGCGACAAUGCCAUCUUCGUGAUGCAGCUGCUCUCUGCCACUAUUUUGCAUGGCUUGAGGAUCAGCUUGGACAAGGCAAGCAGUUAUCUGAAGUCGAGGCUGCAGAUUACCUCGAGAAUCUUCGCCGCCAACAAAAGGACUUUGUUGGACUUUCUUUUGAUACCAUUUCCUCCACUGGACCAAACGGCGCUAUCAUUCACUACAAGCCUGAGCCUGAAUCGUGCAAGAUAAUUGAUCCUAAGCUCAUUUACCUUUGCGAUUCUGGAGGUCAAUACAGAGACGGUACUACAGAUGUUACAAGAACCUAUCACUUUGGUCAACCCAACGAUUAUGAGAAGAGAUGCUUCACCAGAGUCCUUCAAGGUCAUAUUGCUAUUGACCGUUGUGUCUUCCCACUUGGCACAACAGGCUACCUCCUCGAUCCUUUUGCCAGACACGCAUUGUGGAGAGAUGGUUUAGACUUCCGUCAUGGAACCGGCCACGGUGUCGGUGCCUUUUUGAAUGUGCACGAAGGUCCCCACGGUAUUGGAACUCGUACCAGCUAUAAUGACAGCCCCUUUGCAGAAGGCAUGACGGUCACCAACGAACCUGGAUAUUACGAAGACGGAAAGUUUGGAAUUCGUAUUGAGAACGUCCUGCUUGUCCGUAAAGCGGACACGCCACAUAACUUUGGUAACCGCGGCUACUUAGGCUUUGAGCAUGUCACUUUGGUUCCCAUUGGUAACAAGCUCAUCGACCAAAACCUACUCUCCCCUGAAGAAAAGCAAUGGGUCAACGAGUAUCAUGUUGAGUGCCUCGAGAAGGUUGGUGCUUUGCUUUCCAAGGAUAGCCCUGGCUACAAGUGGUUGGCAAAGGAGACUGCUGCCAUUUAAUCCUUUGUCAAUAAUUUUUACCGUAUGAAAUUUGGGGAAAUAAAAUUGCUGGCAAGUGGCGGUCAGCGACUUUUUGUACAAAUUA